UUGCAGAGCACAUCCGGCCUGUGUGUGUUUAAAAGAGUGCAGAAGGCUUCACCGAAAGACACAGCUGAGGCAUUUGGAGCUUGUUGGUCGACGUGGGAGUGUUUCUGCACAUCAGUCUCAAAAUGGAUGCCCUGCUCAUGACGGAGGACCAAGCCUGAACAUGAGCUCUUCUUCCUAAACUCUUCAUGAUGACUGUCUGAAUGCGAAGACUAUGGAGGAUAUUGUAGACUAUCAGGACUCUGAGCCUUAUCUGGAGGCCAUGCAGUACAUAGAGAGGAUGAAGCAGGAGAAGGAAAGAAGCCUUGAGAGCGAGAGCAUCCCGAUGGAUCAUGGGGUGUCUCUGUACCCCGUCACCGUUCCUUGCUCUCCUCUCUCUCACGCUACUGUGCAAUGGGACGCCCCAGAGCCUCCCGGAUCGUCUGAGGCCGAGCUGGACUCCAUCGCUGGCCCGAGGUUCGACUGGACGAUGGAUCUCCUGUCCGCAGACCAGGACACCGCUGUUGAUUUCUCACCUGAAGCUGAGUCACAAGCGGACGUCACACUUGAGUCUUCCCAGACAUGUGAUGCUCAGAAGUCAGAUAUGCGAACACAGCUGGUGCUUUCACAUGAAGAGCCCCCCAAAUCAUUUGCAGAUGUCAACGACUCCAGAGCAGAUGCGACUGAAGAGCUUUUUGAAGCUUAUGAUGGUGUUCAGAUCUUUAUGGACACACGAGACUCAGCGAUUCGACCGGGUCCGGAGGGCUCACAGUCGCAGGAAGAGAAGGAACCCAACAUGUUUGACUUUCCCAAAACCACUUUUGCCCAUGAGGAAAUCACAGAUUCCGGCAGUGAAGAGCAAACUAGAGAGUGGACUGAGAACGAGGCAAACGGAGGAUCAUCAGAUGCAAGAGCCGAUAUUCAGGAUCAGAUUCAAGGACCUGAUGAAUGUUUGGAAAAAGAAGAGUCAAGUUCCCCAGAGAACCAGUUUGAUCGGUCACAGGACGCCAUCAUUACUGGCGCGACACAACCAACGGAGCCCCUGCCGGACCUCACGGACGAUUCGGUGCAGCUCCAGGAACUUAUACUGACACAAGAGCCAGAAAACAUAAGCACAUCUGUUACAGUGGUGAACCAGAAUAAUGGCACUUUACAACAUGCAGAAGAGAUUCAUGGCGUAGACCUCUUGGAGGAAUUCAACGCACAAGACCAAGAACGUGUAGAAAAACCUGUAAGCUCCGAGCAAAAGUCUGACCCUGAAAAUGAAUGUCCAGAGCCAGUAGAGCAGAGCGAGCGGUUCAGACGUCCAGAUGAGAACAGAUCCUCAGAGCAGAUCCAGAGUUCAGAUGAGGAGAAACCCUGCGAUCAGACGCCACCAUCGGAGCGUCCAGACGCAUCCAGAGACACGAAGCAGCCGACAGUGCUGGCAGAGCAUGUACGAGAUGAGACAUCAGAGCCGGUUAUAGACACAGAACCCGCUGGUCCCUGCAUCAACGGUAGCGCUGAGCUCGUAAACAGGGCCGAGGCUCAGCGGUUAGCUGAGAAGCUCUAUAGACUGGACGGUUUUCAGCAUACAGAUGUGGUCAGACAUCUGGACAAAGACAACGAGUUCAGUCGUGCCGUUGGGGAAGAGUACCUCAAAUUCUUUGACUUCACCAACCAAAGUCUGGAGCAAUCGCUCCGGUCAUUUCUGAAGGAUGUGGUUUUGAUUGGUGAGACUCAGGAGCGCGAGAGAGUCCUGCAGCACUUCUCCGCUCGUUUCCAGCAGUGUAAUCCUGACGUCUUCUCCUCCACCGGAUCCGUGCUCACGCUCACAUGUGCCAUGAUGCUACUUAACUCUGACCUGCAUGGACAAAAUGUCGGAAAGCCCAUGUCCUCGGCUGAAUUUGUGUCAAAUCUGGACGGCAUGAAUGGAGGCGAGAACUUCAGCAAGGACUAUCUGAAGAGUCUCUACAUCUCCAUCAAGAGCAAUCCGCUGCAGUGGGCCGUAGAGGAGGGGGUUCUGGCUAAAUCCAUGAUGCCAGAGCAGUAUUUGGACCAGGAUGGAUUUCUGCGCUCAAAGAGUAACCCGUUCCAGGAUCUUCCUCACGACACCAAGGCCACCGUGUUCCAGAAAGGCUUUUUAAAACGCAAAGCGCAUGCAGACAUUGAUGGCAAACGUACUCCAUGGGGGAAACGAAGCUGGAAGACGUUUUAUGCCAUGCUGAAGGGAAUGGUGCUUUACCUGCAGAAGGAUGAUUACGUGAAGGACUGCCAGAGCUCAGAGGAGGUGGUCAGCGUUCAUCACGCUCUGGCGGAGCGAGCUCUGAAUUACACCAAACGGCCGCACGUGUUUCGCCUGCAGACGGCCGACUGGAGAGUCUUCCUCUUUGAGGCUGCUUCGACGGAGCAGAUGAACUCCUGGAUCGGCCGGAUUAACCUGGUGUCUGCGCUGUACUCCUCUCCUCCGUUCCCCGCUGCUGUCGGCUCUCAGAAGAAGUUCUGUCGGCCGAUCCUGCCCGCCACACAGUCCAGCCUCAUGCUGGAGAAACAGCUGCAGUCGCACGCCGCCAUGCUGCACAGCUUCCAGCAGGACCUGACGUCUCUCCAGCAGGAGGCGCCGGAGAGCAGGAGCAGCAAAGCCCGGGAGCUGGAGGAGCUCCGGCAGAGAGAGGAGUACUUACAGUACGAGAAAUCUCGUUACGAAGUCUAUCUGAAGGUUCUGGAGGCCUGGCAAGUGCUGGAGAAGUCUGGUUCAUCGGUCGCUGACAGACUGAGCACACUCGAUGAGGGAUUGUGGAGCGGAUCGAUGGAUGACCAGCAGGACGAGGCUGACGCCGGGAUCAAGCGAUCUCACUCCAGUCCGUCUCUGGAGAUAGAAACACCUCUUCAGCCUGUCAUCAAAGUUAGACGCAACAUCUCCGAGAGACGGACCUACCGAAAGAUCGUGAUUCCCCACCGGAACAAAGAGCUUUGAACAAUCAGACUCUUACAC